AUGGGGCCUUUCAGCGCAUUCCUCCUCGUCUACGUUCUUGGUGGGCUUACCUUCAUUCCGCUGCUGCUCAGCUUGCUCGUCCUCCACGCAUACCUCACUCUCCCCGGCUCGUCAGACGGCGAGUCGAAAGCAAAGAAAGCUGACCCGGGUGGUCUCGAGAGAAAGGGAGAUGACGAGUACAGCCUUAACACUCGCACGGCGGAGCUGGCGGAGAAGUUCCAGCGAGCUCGAGAGGCGGACGUAGCAGCUGGCUACUUCGCCGUGUGCAGAGAAUACGUGCCCGGAGGAGUGAACGGGAAGCCACCUGAACGAACGACUCCGGCUGGAGAGGUUAUCGCUACUGAGAGUCCCAGUGUCUACCAGAGCGUUUAUCGGAGUAUCUUCGACCGCAGACAGGCGCCGACCUUGGAUGCGAGCAGGACCAAUGGGAGGAACGUCAGGAAGGCCAGGAAUGUCUUUUAUGUUAUCUUGCGGCAUGGGCAUCUCAUGCUGUAUGAUGACGCCGAGCAGAUCGAGGUUCGAUACGUGAUAUCUCUUGCACACCACAAUGUCAGCAUUUACGGCGGUGGCGAACCGAUACCCGAAGGAGAACUUUGGAUAAAGAGGAAUGCCAUCUGCCUGUCGAGAAAGGAGGAGGAUGAAAACACUCCCGGUCCUCGACCACCUACGUUGCCAUUCUACUUAUUUUCCGAGAAUCUGUCUGAAAAGGAAGACUUCUAUUUUGCCAUCUUGAACAACCUGGACAGGGUUCCUGACUCGAUUGACUCCCCUCCUACACCUCGACAAUUUGCUACGCAAGAUAUGGUGACUCUUGUCCAGCGUCUGCAUUCGUCAGAGGAACAUCUUCAGACUCGGUGGUUCAAUGCCUUGGUCGGCAGACUAUUCCUUGCCAUGUACAAGACUCCAGAGCUUGAGCAGUUUAUUCGAAGCAAGAUAACCAAGAAGAUCUCAAGGGUGAAUAAACCCAACUUUAUCACAAAACUUGAGCUUCAGACCAUUCACUCCGGUGAAGGAGCACCGCUCAUCACGAACCCACGCUUGAAAGAUCUGACAGUCAACGGUGACUGUUGCGUUGAGGCAGAUAUCAACUAUAGCGGGAAUUUCCGUGUAGAAAUUGCAGCCACGGCUCGAAUUGACCUUGGAACGAGAUUUAAGCCGCGUGAGGUUGACCUUGUUCUCUCGGUGAUGCUGAAGAAGCUCAAGGGCCACAUCCUACUACGCUUUAAACCGCCUCCUAGCAAUCGGCUAUGGAUCUCAUUUGAUACGAUGCCCGCCAUGGAAAUGGCGAUAGAACCAAUUGUCAGUUCAAGGCAGAUCACAUAUGGCAUUAUCCUGCGAGCAAUUGAAAGCAGGAUUAGAGAAGUGGUUGCCGAAACUCUGGUCCAGCCGUUCUGGGAUGAUAUCCCCUUCAUGGAUACGGAAGAGCAGUAUUUCCGUGGUGGUAUCUGGGAAGAGACUCGGAAAGCCGAAUCACCACGGGCAACAGUCGAUACAGAAGCCCCUUCUGACAAAGAGUCGGAUAAACAGUCCGAUAAGGUCUCUGAGAAAGAUGAGCCAGUAGACACUGGCACCCCUGAAUUACACAAGGAGCAGAAUACGGAGGAGCACGAAACUCCUACUAUUGUCACUCCUAGUGCAUCUCAGGAAACGCUGUACCAGGCCUUUGCAAACUCGUUGAACGAGAAAGAAGCGCCCGAGAAGCUGGAAACACAGGAGACGGAUUUCCGCCCAUCGUCGCUUCCAGAUAUUCCUGAAAAAGUAGCCCACAGUGCUGUCAAACAUCGAUCUACCCGCUCUCUUUCCUUCUCUCCAGCAACAUCGGGCUCUUCAAUAUUUUCACCAUCCAUCUCCGUACCUCAACAAACCGUACCCAAGGAUAUGCCCACUCCUACAAUUGAUACCAGCACCACAGCGCCUCCCUUAUCCAGAUCGAUUUCUGACCACGGCACUGAUACAUCUCCCACAAACGACAACAGAAGUAGUCGAAGCAAAUCUAUGAUUGCGGAGAGUAUCCACUCAUCCAAGAGUGCAAAUGCAUCUCCCAACCUGGGCCCUGGCCCAUUCGAGCCACGUCAGGCAAUGCUCACUAUUGGAAGUGCUGCUGCAGCUGCCAAAAAAUGGGGUCUCAGUGUGCUCGCCCGCAACGACCAGGGCCCGCGGCCCGGUGAAGUCCCUGACCAUCCAGUCGGCCGUGGUCGGCCUCUACCGCCUCCAGGAACGCCACUCCCGUCCCCUGGAAGAUUUAACUUUGGAUCCAUAGCAAUGCCCAAGCGGAAGCCUGUUACCCCAUCUGCUGUGCCAGACCGGUCUCAGUCGGCGGUCGAGCCCAUGAGGUCUGACUCCAAGGCAAAUGCACCGAAGAGACUUGAUUCAGCGAUGGAAAAUGACACCAAGAGCCAGGAGCUGCUCGUUAUCAAGGCGCCAGUUGGAUCGGAACCCAGCAGCCCAUCCAAGGAGGACCAUGAAGUUGGAGACGAAAUAGACGAGAGUGACGACGUGCCUGAUGCAUGGUCAAACGAGGUUCUCAUGGACUUCCAGGAAUCCUCUAUGCCCGCGACUGAAGCUAUAUCGUCGCCGUCAGAACUAUCUGUACAUCGACAGUCAAAACAGCUUGAUGAACUAAAGUUCGACUAG